AUGUCUACCAGCAACUGCCGCACUUCUAAGCAUUUGCAGAAUCUGACCAUCGAAGAUAAGAAACGCUUUCUGAGUUCUUUCGACUAUAUUUUCACCGAUUGUGAUGGUGUCUUGUGGAAUCGAUACGAGCCCAUAGAGGGCGUUGGUGCAGCGAUCGGUGCACUGAAAAGCCUUGGCAAACAUGUCGUCUACGUAUCGAACAACAGUAUCCGAUCGUUUGAAAAUUACAGGAAAAUACUGCAGCAAAUGGGUCACGAUGUGGAUAAAGUGGAUGUGAUCCAACCGGUGACCAGUGUGAUCAAGUAUUUGAAGUCGGUUAAUUUCGAAGGACUGAUCUACGCUAUAGGUACUGAACCAUUUUUAGCUGACCUAAGGAAUGCGGGAUACGAAGUCAUUCAUGGGCCCACAGAGGUGCAACCGGAAUCACUGAGUCUUAUCAUUCCGAAGAUUUUCGAUAAGAAACCAGUCAAAGCGGUUGUAGUUGACUACGAUUACAAUUGCAACUAUCCUAAGCUGUUGAGGGCUGAGCUGUACUUGAAGAGUGAUCCCGAGUGCUUGCUGAUUGCCGGUGGAACCGACCAUUGGACAUCCAUUAGGCAGAAGAUCAAUGUGUUUGGCCCGGGUCAUUUUGUGGACAUACUGGAGAAGGCCACCGGACGUAAUGCAAUUGGGCUGGGCAAACCGGGACAACAGUUGGGCGUCCAGUUGAAGGAACAAUUCGGCAUCCGCGACUCUCGACGGGUACUGUUCGUUGGAGAUACGAUCACGCAGGAUGUAGCCUUCGGAAAAAUUGCUGGAUUUCAAACGCUACUCGUUUUGACUGGUGCGACCAAGGUGGUGGACGUUCAGAGUUUUACAAACCAAGAUAUCGUACCGGACUACUACACGGAAAGCUUGGCCGAUCUGCUGAAGAUGAUUGGCGAUGUUCAGAACGAAGUGUCUGUUUAA